UAAAAUGGACUCUCCUUCUCUCUCUAAUAGCCUUCAGCCGGAUAAUAAAGCAGUACCAUAGAUUUCUUUCACUUCCCGCUGUCUCGCCCCUGUUCUUAACUAUAAGUCAUUUGUAAAUUGGAUGUUUGUAACUUGAGGACUGCCUUUAUCCUGUUGUUCCAAAUGAUUUCUUUUCAAACAAUAGUGUAUUCAACAUAACAACUUCCUGGACUCCCCUAAUACAAUAUGUUUUAUCUCUCUGGCUCUGUAAUAUGAGCAUCAUGAGCUCAUUCCUUGAGAAAUUCCUUGAGAAAGUCUUUCGCUUUCUUCCCCUGACGACCUUCGCCCAAAGAAACUUGAUCUCAGAAGGCACCUCUAAGCUGGAACUGGUAAAUGGAAAAAGGGACACCCAUGUCAAAUUCCCUUCAGAAACCAGAAGGGAGGAGAAGGAGGGUUGGAAGGGUGUUAAGUACUUUCUCACAGAUAUUGCUGAUAGUAGGAAAUAAAAAGAUUUGUUCAUGGAAAAGGGAUAUUGUUGACAUAGAAUAUACAGAAGUAAACUCCAAAGCUUGGAUUGCUCCACCUUGUCUUCAGGACUUUGGUAAUUGUUAAUCUCUGAGAUUUUGGACUCUCUCAGCUGCUGCUGUGGGUUAAUAAUUUGCUUUCUCUCUGAUGUGUAAUUUGGGGAUAGGAUGCAAAUCAAGGCUGUCCACAUGGUCUUCCAAAUCUAAACUCAAAGGAUUUUGUUUCCUUUCUCUGUAUCUGUCUUCUCGGAUUGCCUGCCCAUCAAUGCACACCCAACCCUCAUCAUGAAUUUGCAGGCAGCUUCAACAUACUGUUGGGUGCUUUUCUUUUCCUUUUCCACUUCAGCCAAAGAAAACUUGGAAACACCUUCUUUCCAACCAGGAAUUCUAUAUCAGUACAGAUAUACCCUGGACAGCCAGUUAAUUGCCUUGGCGAAGCCAUCUUUACAAGGAAGCAAGCUGCGAGCUGAAGCUUUGGUUGAUGUGAAGCUCUUGUGGAAGCAUCCAAAUGAUGGAGGCCAACUGCUUCUCCAAGUCCAAAUCCACAACUUACAAGUCCAUCAUGAUCUGGGAGAGAAGAAGAGUCAGAACCUUACUAAAUCCCAAUCUGUUAAAGCUUCAUUGACUAAAGCAGAAAUCCAGCAGCCAGUUUUCCUUCACUGGAAUAAUGGAAAGGUUGCAGGUAUCUAUGUAGACAAGGCUGGGAGUCCCCUAAUUUUGGAAAUGAAGCGUGGCCUUAUCAGCCUCUUCCAGAUGCAGAUACAUUCUGGGACAGUGUCUGAGGAGGAUAUUUCCGGAAGCUGUCAAGUUACCUACACAAUUUCUGAGAAAACUGUUCUGAAGACAAAAGACCUGCAAAAUUGCAUAAGACCAAAGUUUGGAUUCAGCUCUAUCAACAAAAUUUUUGGAAUCCUGUGGCAACCCACAAGUAAAACUCACUACACUGUAGAAGGAAACCUCAUUAAGUCUGCAUUGUCUAAGGAAAGUCACACCAUCUCUCUCACCCUGAAGUCUUCUGUUGGAGUCAACAUCACCUCUAGACAACAUCUUGAGCUUGUGACUCAAUUGCCUGGAUCUAAGGAAUUACCAGGGAAGGGUCUUCAGGAGGCUCUCGCAGCAGUGCUGGAAAAGCCUCAACUGAUCCAAAUAACUAGUGAACCCUCAAAGAGGAUCUGUGCCACAUGCCCAAAGCUCAGAACCUAUUUGAAGAAACAUGCCAGAAAGAAGCUCAACAUGGAUUUCUCCAAGGCAUCAACGACUUGGCGUUUUGGCAAAGUGGUCCGGAUGCUGCGUGAUGCCAAAAAGAGGGAUAUUCUGAUACUCUUGAAAGAAGCACCAGAGGAGAUGGUAUCCUUCUAUGUUGAGGCUGCUGUAGCUGCCCAGUCAACAGCUUCCUUGACAGCACUAACUGAAUUCCUGGAUUUUAGAAACAAAAAGCAAGCACCUUUGCUGGAGAAGUUUUUGUAUGCUGCUGCCUUCUCCCCUCGGCCUUCGAAAGAGCUUUUACAAUUGGUGCUAUCUAAGCUCAAUGAGAAGAAUCUAGACCCAGGUAUCCGGGAAACAGGAAUGAUUGUUACUGGCAGUCUCAUUGGCAAGUUGUGUCAAAUGAAACUGUGUGGCUUGCAGGAAGUAAGGCUUCAAAUAGAAACACUGGUGCAAAACCUCAAAAGCACCAAAAAAGUCUCUGAGAAGGUGAUUAAUCUGUUGUCCCUGAAGAGCGCUUUGAUACCGUCAUCCAUCCCUACCUUCCUGUAUUAUGCAGAAGAGGGCUUUGCAGAUGUUUCAGCCACAGCACUAUCCGCACUACAGAGGUAUUCCCCACAGUAUAUCUCAAACACGGUUAAAAUGGCAAUGAAGCGCAUUUUCCAUCAAGUACAGAAGCCUUAUUCCAAAAUUUCAAGGCUCGCUGCUGCAGAAAUCCUGUUGGACAAUGAUCCCACACCAAUGGACUUCAUCAAUAUCCUGCUGGCUACCCGAGAAAUUGAACCAGAAAUGUCAAGAUUUCUACUGUCAAAAAUUCAAGGCAUUGUACACUCCCAUAAUCAUCCAAACAGACAGGUUAUCAAAGAUGUGCUGAAAGAUCCACAGAUAAAUAAUUACUAUUUCUUCUCAACUGAUGUUGGCAGCUCCAUCUCUUUCUUGAGAACACUGGCAGUUACUAAUGACUCACUCUCUACUUUUGGUCUGGAAUUGCUGUUCUCUGGCACGGGUCUCCUAAGAAAGAGCACCACCAGUUUCAAUAUCCUUAGUCACAGCCACCAGCUCCAAGCAGCCCAGGUAGUCCUUGAAGCAAAAGGUUUUGAAGGCAUACUGGGAGGAGGUGACGUAGCUGAUGAGGAGGACGAUUUCAUGGCAGGGAUGUCUGCUGUCUUGCUUGAUGUUCAGUUGCGACCCAUUGUGUUUUUUCAAGGAUAUGCAGACCUUAUGUCAAAGUUCCUUAUGAGCACCGGGGAACCCACAAGUGUGGUCAAAGGAAAUGUGUUACUGAUGGAUCAUCAACAGGCAAUCCCACUUCAAUCUGGUUUGCAAAGUGUGGUUACUCUUCAAGGAGGACUUGGAUUAGAUGUUUCAUCUGAUAUCAAUAUGAAUAUGUGGGAGCAAGAACUGAAAACAGGCAUUAAAACAAGGGGUGCCCUGACCAUUGAUUUCCAAGCAGAAUUGGAUGCCCCAUUCUUUCAAGCCAGUAUCAAAAGCCAAACAGAGGCAGAAAUGGCCACCAAUUUUAAUACUGCUUCAAAACUUUCCGACAACCCAGUGCUCAUGUGUCUGCAACUAACAGAGGAACAAGUCUCUUACAGAGAAAUCUUCACAGUCUCUGAAUCUUCUGUAAACCACAGUACGACCGUCCGCAAAGGAAGGAAGAACACCAUCCCAGGACGCGAAGUCCCCUUGCAUCAAGCCAACUCAGAAAUGUGCAAAAUCUUGCUUUCAGGGUCAAGGGAACAAUAAAAGCUGCAAUCAUGUGCCACCAGUUUGGACUUGCAUUUCCUCUUUUCUCACCGACUGUCCUCGACCAAAGUUUAAAGUGAAUGGGCCAUUCUUAUUCUCCUUGUUUUUUAUGAAGACAUUAGCCAGAAUCCUGUGCAGGGGCUUACAUCUUCAUAAGUGUAUUUAGAUAUGCAUGAAUUAGAAUUGUACAGUUGUAUAACAUGUUCAGGAGAAGGCUGCUCUUACAUAUAUCUUAAUAUAUACAUUUAGUUGAACAUGGAAAGUCCACUACAUAAGGGAAAAAAACCCUAUCUUGACAUCUCCAGUAUUGAAACAUUAUGGCAGAAUUUUGGCAGCUCAUUAGGCAUUACCUAUCAUCAAUAUAUUAGCUUACACAAGUUUCCUUUUAAAUUACUGCACAACAUAAAAUGUAUAUAUUUGAACCACCAUACAAAACAGCAGGCCUUAUAACACAAUUGGCCCCUUUACUUAAAUUUUAUUUGAGGAUUCUUUGCCUAUCAGUCUGCCAUUGCACAAAAGUCAUUCCAUUUCUUAUAACGGUGCUCAUUUGAAAGAAAAAUAAAAAGGCUUAGCAAAACAUUCAA